AUGGCAAACGAGUGGCUGCUGUGGCUGACCUUGUCUGCCAUCAUAGCUGCUUGGCACAGCGGUGUGAGUCCCAUCCACAAUGGCCAGGUUUGCAGUACAUGGGGUAACUUCCACUUCAAGACCUUUGAUGGAGAUGUUUUCCAGUUGCACUCGACUUGCAACUACGUCCUGACCUCUUCAUGCAGGAGCAGUUACAACGACUUCAACAUCCAGAUAAGAAGACAGGAGGCUGGCAACCAUCACACCAUCAAAAACAUCAUUAUGAAGCUGGAGGGUUCAGUAGUGGAGCUCUCUGAGGGCUCAGUGGUUAUCAAUGGAAAACCAGCCACCCUACCAUUCAGUCAAGCAGGAGUGCUAAUUGAGAAAACCCCCACCUACAUCAAAAUCAAAGCAAAGCUGGGUUUAGUUGCUAUCUGGAAUGAGAAGGACGCUUUUAUGGUGGAACUAGACCUUAAGUACAAGAACCACACCUGCGGUCUUUGUGGAGACUUCAAUGGGGUCCAGCUCUAUGAUGAGUUCUACAGCCAUGGUGUAAAAAUAUCCCCCAUGGAUUUUGCUAACUUCUGGAAAAUGGAUGGUCCAACUGAAAGCUGCUCUGACUACAUGCUGGAAUCAACACAAAGCUGCAACAACAUGAAACCUCUGUGUGAGCAGAUCCUUACAGGGCCAGCCUUCAACAGCUGUCACAGUCUGCUGGACGUUGCCUCCUUUACUUCUGCCUGUGUUGCAGACCUCUGUAACUGUGACAAUGGCAUGAAUGAACACGUUGACCCCUUCUGCCUGUGCAACACUGUGUCAGAGUUCUCCAGACAGUGUGGACAUGCGGGUGGCAAACCCCAAAACUGGAGAAUCAAAGAGCUCUGCUGGAAGUCAUGUCCCAAAAAAAUGGAGUACAAGGAGUGUGGGAGUCCCUGUGCUGAUACCUGCUCCAACCCAGAGGCCAGCCACACCUGUGAUCACCACUGUACUGAUGGAUGCUUCUGCCCUGCAGGCACUGUGCUGGAUGAUUUAAACGGAACGGGUUGUGUCCGAUUAAACGAGUGCUCCUGCAGCUACAACAGCAAGAUAUAUGGACCGGGGGAGUCCUACUCCAGUAACUGCAAAAAAUGUGUGUGUGCGCGUGGCCGGUGGACGUGUAUGGAGGAGGACUGUCCAGGAACCUGCUCUGUGGAGGGAGGAGCCCACAUCGACACCUUCGAUGACAGAGUCUACACCUUCCAUGGGGACUGCUCCUAUGUGCUGGCUAAGGACUGCAGUGGAUCCCAGUUUGUGGUACAAGGAGAACUGGAGCAGUGUGGACUGACUGAGAGUGAGACCUGCCUCAAGUCUGUUACCUUGGGUUUGUCUGGAGGGGCUAAUGUGAUCAAAAUCCAGUCCAAUGGCAAGGUUUUUGUGAAUGGCAUCUACGCUCAGUUACCCUUCUCUGCUGCUGGUAUCUCCGCCUUCCGAGGGUCCUCUUACUACCUGCUGGUGCAAACGUCUGUUGGUGUUCUGUUGGAGGUGCAGCUCCAGCCAGUCAUGCAGCUCUACAUCAAAGUGACCAGUGAUUACCAGGCCAAGACCUGUGGUCUGUGUGGGAACUUCAACGGUAACCAAGCUGAUGACUUUCUAAAGCUCAGUGGCGUUCCAGAUGCCACAGCACCUGGUUUUGUCAACAGCUGGAAGACACAUGCUGGUUGCCCUGAUGUUAAGAGCAACUUUGAGAACCCCUGCAGCCUUAGUCUGGAUAAUGAGAAGUACGCCCAGCACUGGUGCUCCAUGCUGAGUGACCCUCAGGGAGUGUUUGCCUCCUGUCACUCAGAGAUCAGCCCUGACUCGUACAAAGAGAACUGCAUGUAUGACAGCUGUAACUGUGAGAAAAGUGAGGACUGUAUGUGUGCUGCAGUCUCCUCCUAUGUCCAUGCCUGUGCAGCUGCAGGAAUCCAGCUCACCGGCUGGAGGGCCACCAUCUGUGGGAAAUAUGCUAGCUCGUGCCCCAGCAGCAUGGUCUACUCCUACAACAUCACGUCCAGCGGUCGCACCUGCCGCUGCAUCAGCACCACAGACCCCAGCUGUCACUUCUCUUUCCCGCCAAUUGACGGCUGUAUCUGUACAGAGGGAACCUAUCUGGAUGACACUGGGAAGUGUGUCCCAUCUCAGGCUUGUCCUUGUUAUCACAAAGGCUCAGUGGUGCCUCCCGGACAGGUCGUCAACAAGGAUGGGGUCAUGUGCACCUGUAAGGAGGGCAAACUCAGCUGCAUUGGAGAGAUAUGUCUCUUUUCGGCAGCCUGUGCUCCUCCCAUGGUGGCCUUCAACUGCUCUGCUAAUGACCCCGUUGCAAAAGGAACUGAGUGUGAGAAGAGCUGCAACACAUUAGACAUGGCCUGUAUGGCCACAGAGUGUGUCUCCGGCUGUAUGUGUUCAUCUGGGACAGUGUCUGAUGGUAAAGGAGGUUGCAUUAAGCCAGAGGCCUGUCCUUGUGUUCACAACGGUGUCUCCUACCAGCCUGGGGAGACCACCAAGGUGGACUGCAACACCUGCACUUGUAAAGACAGGAAGUGGCACUGCACUACCAACCAGUGUGAUGGAACCUGCUCCAUCUAUGGUGAUGGACACUACAUGACUUUUGAUCAGAAGCGCUUCAACUUUGAUGGCAACUGUGAAUACAUUCUCGCUCAGGACUACUGUGGCAGUGCUCAGAGUAAUGGAACCUUCAGAGUGCUCACUGAGAAUGUUCCCUGUGGAACCACAGGAACCACCUGCUCCAAGAGCAUCAAGAUCUUCCUGGGGAGUGCAGAACUGAUUCUAGCAGAGGGAAGCUACCAGCUGCUUUCAAGUGGAAAUGAAGAAACAGUUCCAUUCAGUUACAGCACCAUGGGCAUCUACCUGGUCAUUGCAGCCAACAAUGGACUCAUUUUCAUGUGGGACAAGAAGACCACCUUGUUCAUCAAGCUCAGCCCAAAAUAUAAGGGUCGUGUGUGUGGGCUGUGUGGCAACUAUGAUGACAAUGCAAAUAAUGACUUCACCACAAGGUCCCAUGCUGUGGUGGUCAACCCACUGGUGUUUGGGAACAGCUGGAAGGAUUCACCGAGCUGCCCCGAUGCUCACAGCCUCACCAGCCCCUGCACAGCCAACCCAUACAGACAGGCGUGGGCCCAGAAACAGUGCAGCAUUAUCCAGAGUGACGUCUUCUCUCCCUGCCAUUCCAUUGUGGAUCCCGCUCCAUACUAUGAAGCAUGUGUAGCUGACUCCUGUGCUUGUGACACGGGUGGAGACUGCGAGUGUUUCUGCACCGCCGUGGCCGCCUAUGCUGAAUCCUGUAAUCAAGCUGGCGCCUGUAUACGAUGGAGAACCCCAAAGAUUUGUCCUAUCUUUUGUGAUUUCUACAAUCCCCCUGGUGAAUGUGAAUGGCACUACAUGCCAUGCGGAUCUCCGUGUAUGAAAACCUGCAGGAACCCCUCCGGCAGCUGCUCGCCACAGAUGCCUCCUCUAGAAGGUUGCUAUCCAAAAUGUCCUCCUGCUCAGCCAUACUUUGAUGAGGAUACAAUGACAUGUGUCUUAAAAGAACAAUGUGGCUGCUACGAUAAAGAGGGGAAACACUACAAUAAUAGUGACAAAGUGCCAACAACUGAAAACUGUCAAACAUGUACAUGCAGUUCAAUGACUAUCCAAUGUCAGUAUGAUGCCCAAGCCUGUACUUGCACAUAUAAUGGAAACAAAUAUCCCCCUGGCAAUCUAAUUUAUAACACAACAGAUGGAUAUGGUAACUGCAUCACAGCAGUGUGUGGAAAUAAUGGUACCAUUGACCACAGUUCAUAUAGUUGCCCAGUAUCCAUAACGACAACACCUGUGCACAUUGCAACCACUACUAUAGCCAGCCAGUAUACAACCACCUUUGUUUUUUCAUCAACCACACCAGAGCCACACACAGUCCCAGUCACAUGUAGUCCUUGUAAUUGGUCGCCAUGGUAUGAUACCAGCUUCCCAACACUGGGAACUCCAGGAGGAGACAUGGAAACAUACGAAAAGAUUAGAGAGGAAGGGCACAAGAUAUGUGCUAAGCCAAGCCAGAUCCAAUGCAGAGCUGAGAAAUUCCCUAAUGUCACCAUUGAAAAUGUGGGACAAGUGGUGGAAUGUAAUCUGGCUAAUGGGCUGACUUGCAGAAAUGAAGACCAGUCAGGACCGCUGGCCUUGUGCUUUAACUACCAAGUCAGAGUUCUGUGUUGUGACUAUAAUGCAUGCCCAACAGAGUCUACUCCUUCUACAACACAUUCAAUACCUACAACGACUAAAGAUGUUACCAAAACACCGUGUCAGGAAACAUUAUGUUACUGGUCACAAUGGAUAAGUUCAGACUAUCCUGAAUACGGUAAUGGAGGUGGGGACAACGAAACCAUCAAACACAUCAUCCAGAAAGGAUUUCAUAUCUGUGAGAAUCCAGUGGAGGUGGAAUGUCGGGCAGAGCAUUACCCGCAGACUCCCCUGAAUCAAUUGGGACAAAAAGUGACAUGUAAUAACCAAGGACUCCUGUGUGAGAACAGGUUACAGUAUCCGCCCAUAUGUUUAGAUUAUGAAAUAAAGGUAAAGUGUUGCAAGACAGUGAUCUGCAGCACAUCACCGAAACCUACUAUUUCUUUCACAACCAUACCAACUAAACCACCUUCUACUACAACCGCCACACCCUCUACCACAACUGAAACAACAACUCACCCACCUAAAACUACUAGUACAACCAGUACACCUUCUACCACAGUUCCAACUACAACACCUUCAACUACGACAUCCACUACACCUUCUACCACAACUGAAACGACAACUCAGCCACCUAAAACGACUAGUAUAACCACUACACCUUCUACCACAACUGAAACAACAUCUCAGCCACCUAUAACUACUACUACAAACACUACACCUUCAACCACAGUUCCAACUACAACACCUUCAACUCCCUCAACUACAGUUCCAACUCCAACACCUUCAACUACGACAUCCACUACACCUUCUACUACAACUGAAACAACAACAACUCAGCCAUCAACAACUACUAGUACAACCACUACACCAUCAACCACAACUGAAACACCAACCACUAGUCAGCCACCAACAUCUUCAACUUGCCCAGGGGGACAUGAUAUGACAUGUGUGUGGUCAGAAUGGAUCAAUCUUGGCAAGCCCACAUCAGGUCCUGAUGGUGGAGACAAUGAAUCCAUCCAGAAUGUAAUCUCUGCUGGUUAUCAUAUAUGCUCAGCUCCUGAAGAAGUCCAGUGUAGAGCUAUCCUUUACCCAGGACUUCCCAUAUCAGUGGUGGGACAAGAUGUGAUUUGCAAUAAAGAUGUUGGUCUCAUAUGCUACAACAAACAACAAGGGCUUCAGCAAGAGUGUUUUGAUUACGAGAUUAAAUUUAAAUGCUGUGGGUGUCCAACACAAACUCCUUCUCCUACAGUUCCAACAUCAACACCGUCAACUCCCUCAACCACAGUUACAACUACAACUCCUUCAACUCCUUCCACUACAAGUCCAACUACAAUACCUUCAACUAUGACAUCCACUACACCUUCUACUACAACCGAAACAACAACAACUCAGCCACCUAUAACUACUACUACAACCACUACACCUUCAACCACAGUUCCAACUACACCUUCAACUCCCUCAACUACAGUUACAACUACAACACCUUCAACUCCUUCCACUACAAGUCCAACUACAACACCUUCAACUAUGACAUACACUACACCUUCUACCACAACCGAAACAACAACAACUCAGCCACCUAUAACUACUACUACAACCACUACACCUUCAACCACAGUUCCAACUACACCUUCAACUCCCUCAACUACAGUUCCAACUCCAACACCUUCAACUACGACAUCCACUACACCUUCUACUACAACUGAAACAACAACAACUCAGCCACCAACAACUACAACUUGCCCAGGGGGACAUGAUAUGACAUGUGUGUGGUCAGAAUGGAUCAAUCUUGGCAAGCCCACAUCAGGUCCUGAUGGUGGAGACAAUGAAUCCAUCCAGAAUGUAAUCUCUGCUGGUUAUCAUAUAUGCUCAGCUCCUGAAGAAGUCCAGUGUAGAGCUAUCAUUUACCCAGGACUUCCAAUAUCAGUGGUGGGACAAGAUGUGAUUUGCAAUAAAGAUGUUGGUCUCAUAUGCCGCAACAAACAACAAGGGCUUCAGCAAGAGUGUUUUGAUUACGAGAUUAAAUUUAAAUGCUGUGGGUGUCCAACACAAACUCCUUCUCCUACAGUUCCAACAUCAACACCUUCAACUCCCUCAACCACAGUUACAACUACAACACCUUCAACUCCUUCCACUACAAGUCCAACUACAACACCUUCAACUAUGACAUCCACUACACCUUCUACCACAACCGAAACAACAACAACUCAGCCACCUAUAACUACUACUACAACCACUACACCUUCAACCACAGUUCCAACUACACCUUCAACUCCCUCAACUACAGUUCCAACUCCAACACCUUCAACUACGACAUCCACUACACCUUCUACUACAACUGAAACAACAACAACUCAGCCACCAACAACUACAACUUGCCCAGGGGGACAUGAUAUGACAUGUGUGUGGUCAGAAUGGAUCAAUCUUGGCAAGCCCACAUCAGGUCCUGAUGGUGGAGACAAUGAAUCCAUCCAGAAUGUAAUCUCUGCUGGUUAUCAUAUAUGCUCAGCUCCUGAAGAAGUCCAGUGUAGAGCUAUCCUUUACCCAGGACUUCCCAUAUCAGUGGUGGGACAAGAUGUGAUUUGCAAUAAAGAUGUUGGUCUCAUAUGCUACAACAAACAACAAGGGCUUCAGCAAGAGUGUUUUGAUUACGAGAUUAAAUUUAAAUGCUGUGGGUGUCCAACACAAACUCCUUCUCCUACAGUUCCAACAUCAACACCUUCAACUCCCCCAACCACAGUUACAACUACAACACCUUCAACUCCUUCCACUACAAGUCCAACUACAACACCUUCAAAUAUGACAUCCACUACACCCUCUACCACAACCGAAACAACAACAACUCAGCCACCUAUAACUACUACUACAACCACUACACCUUCAACCACAGUUCCAACUACACCUUCAACUCCCUCAACUACAGUUCCAACUCCAACACCUUCAACUACGACAUCCACUACACAUUCUACUACAACUGAAACAACAACAACUCAGCCACCAACAACUACAACUUGCCCAGGGGGACAUGAUAUGACAUGUGUGUGGUCAGAAUGGAUCAAUCUUGGCAAGCCCACAUCAGGUCCUGAUGGUGGAGACAAUGAAUCCAUCCAGAAUGUAAUCUCUGCUGGUUAUCAUAUAUGCUCAGCUCCUGAAGAAGUCCAGUGUAGAGCUAUCCUUUACCCAGGACUUCCCAUAUCAGUGGUGGGACAAGAUGUGAUUUGCAAUAAAGAUGUUGGUUUCAUAUGCUACAACAAACAACAAGGGCUUCAGCAAGAGUGUUUUGAUUACGAGAUUAAAUUUAAAUGCUGUGGGUGUCCAACACAAACUCCUUCUCCUACAGUUCCAACAUCAACACCUUCAACUCCCUCAACCACAGUUACAACUACAACCCCUUCAACUCCUUCCACUACAAGUCCAACUACAACACCUUCAACUAUGACAUCCACUACACCUUCUACCACAACCGAAACAACAACAACUCAGCCACCUAUAACUACUACUACAACCACUACACCUUCAACCACAGUUCCAACUACACCUUCAACUCCCUCAACUACAGUUCCAACUCCAACACCUUCAACUACGACAUCCACUACACCUUCUACUACAACUGAAACAACAACAACUCAGCCACCAACAACUACAACUUGCCCAGGGGGACAUGAUAUGACAUGUGUGUGGUCAGAAUGGAUCAAUCUUGGCAAGCCCACAUCAGGUCCUGAUGGUGGAGACAAUGAAUCCAUCCAGAAUGUAAUCUCUGCUGGUUAUCAUAUAUGCUCAGCUCCUGAAGAAGUCCAGUGUAGAGCUAUCCUUUACCCAGGACUUCCCAUAUCAGUGGUGGGACAAGAUGUGAUUUGCAAUAAAGAUGUUGGUCUCAUAUGCUACAACAAACAACAAGGGCUUCAGCAAGAGUGUUUUGAUUACUUUACAGCUACAACACCUUCAACUCCUUCCACUACAAGUCCAACUACAACAACUGCAACUAUGACAUCCACUACACCUUCUACUACAGCCAGAGCAACAACAACAACUCAGCCACCUAUAACUACUACUACAACCACUACACCUUCAACCACAGUUCCAACUACACCUUCAACUCCCUCAACUACAGUUACAACUACAACACCUUCAACUCCUUCCACUACAAGUCCAACUACAACACCUUCAACUAUGACAUACACUACACCUUCUACCACAACCGAAACAACAACAACUCAGCCACCUAUAACUACUACUACAACCACUACACCUUCAACCACAGUUCCAACUACACCUUCAACUCCCUCAACUACAGUUCCAACUCCAACACCAUCAAAUACGACAUCCACUACACCUUCUACUACAACUGAAACAAAAACAACUCAGCUACCAACAACUACAACUUGCCCAGGGGGACAUGAUAUGACAUGUGUGUGGUCAGAAUGGAUCAAUCUUGGCAAGCCCACAUCAGGUCCUGAUGGUGGAGACAAUGGAUCCAUCCAGAAUGUAAUCUCUGCUGGUUAUCAUAUAUGCUCAGCUCCUGAAGAAGUCCAGUGUAGAGCUAUCCUUUACCCAGGACUUCCCAUAUCAGUGGUGGGACAAGAUGUGAUUUGCAAUAAAGAUGUUGGUCUCAUAUGCUACAACAAACAACAAGGGCUUCAGCAAGAUUGUUUUGAUUACGAGAUUAAAUUUAAAUGCUGUGGGUGUCCAACACAAACUCCUUCUCCUACAGUUCCAAAAUCAACAACUUCAACUCCCGCAACUACAGUUCCAACAUCCACAUCUUCAACUCUCUCAACUACAGUUCCAACUACAACACCUUCAACUCCUUCCACUACAAGUCCAGCUACAACACCUUCAACUAUGACAUCCACUACACCUUCUACCACAACCAAAACAACAACGCAGCCACCUAUAACUACUACUACAACCACUACACCUUCAACCACAGUUCCAACUACACCUUCAAGUCCCUCAACUACAGUUCCAACUCCAACACCUUCAACUACGACAUCCACUACACCUUCUACUACAACUGAAACAACAACAACUCAACCACCAACAACUACAACUUGCCCAGGGGGACAUGACAUGACAUGUGUGUGGUCAGAAUGGAUCAAUCUUGGCAAGCCCACAUCAGGUCCUGAUGGUGGAGACAAUGAAUCCAUCCAGAAUGUAAUCUCUGCUGGUUAUCAUAUAUGCUCAGCUCCUGAAGAAGUUCAGUGUAGAGCUAUCCUUUACCCAGGACUUCCCAUAUCAGUGGUGGGACAAGAUGUGAUUUGCAAUAAAGAUGUUGGUCUCAUAUGCUACAACAAACAACAAGGGCUUCAGCAAGAGUGUUUUGAUUACGAGAUUAAAUUUAAAUGCUGUGGGUGUCCAACACAAACUCCUUCUCCUACAGUUCCAACAUCAACACCUUCAACUCCCUCAACUACAGUUACAACUACAACACCUUCAACCCCUUCCACUACAAGUCCAACUACAACACCUUCAACUAUGACAUCCACUACACCUUCUACCACAACCGAAACAACAACUCAGCCACCUAUAACUACUACUACAACGACUACACCUUCAACCACAGUUUCAACUACACCUUCAACUCCCUCAACUACAGUUCCAACUCCAACACCUUCAACUACGACAUCCACUACACCUUCUACUACAACUGAAACAACAACAACUCAGCCACCAACAACUACAACUUGCCCAGGGGGACAUGAUAUGACAUGUGUGUGGUCAGAAUGGAUCAAUCUUGGCAAGCCCACAUCAGGUCCUGAUGGUGGAGACAAUGAAUCCAUCCAGAAUGUAAUCUCUGCUGGUUAUCAUAUAUGCUCAGCUCCUGAAGAAGUCCAGUGUAGAGCUAUCCUUUACCCAGGACUUCCCAUAUCAGUGGUGGGACAAGAUGUGAUUUGCAAUAAAGAUGUUGGUCUCAUAUGCUACAACAAACAACAAGGGCUUCAGCAAGAGUGUUUUGAUUACGAGAUUAAAUUUAAAUGCUGUGGGUGUCCAACACAAACUCCUUCUCCUACAGUUCCAACAUCAACACCUUCAACUCCCUCAACUACAGUUACAACUACAACACCUUCAACUCCUUCCACUACAAGUCCAACUACAACACCUUCAACUAUGACAUCCACCACACCUUCUACCACAACCAAAACAACAACAACUCAGCCACCUAUAACUACUACUACAUCCACUACACCUUCUACUACAACUGAAACAACAACAACUCAGCCACCAACAACUACUAGUACAACCACUACACCAUCAACCACAACUGAAACACCAACCACUAGUCAGCCACCAACAUCUACAACUUGCCCAGGGGGACAUGAUAUGACAUGUGUGUGGUCAGAAUGGAUCAAUCUUGGCAAGCCCACAUCAGGUCCUGAUGGUGGAGACAAUGAAUCCAUCCAGAAUGUAAUCUAUGCUGGUUAUCAUAUAUGCUCAGCUCCUGAAGAAGUCCAGUGUAGAGCUAUCCUUUACCCAGGACUUCCCAUAUCAGUGGUGGGACAAGAUGUGAUUUGCAAUAAAGAUGUUGGUCUCAUAUGCUACAACAAACAACAAGGGCUUCAGCAAGAGUGUUUUGAUUACGAGAUUAAAUUUAAAUGCUGUGGGUGUCCAACACAAACUCCUCCUACAGUUCCAACUACAACAGCUUCAACUCCGACAUCCACUACACCUUCUACCAUAACUGAAACAACAUCUCAGCCACCUACAACUACCAGUACAACCACUACAACUUCUACCACAACUGAUUUAUCUAUAGAUGGUGAAAUUUGGAAGGAGAGUAACUGUAUUGUAGGAACAUGUGAUAAUGGCAAGGUGACCUAUAACCAUACACAGUGUCCAACUCCAAAGCCUGUAGUAUGUGCAAAUAACUUCCCUGCUAUUGAAGUGCUGGAUGAUGACGGAUGCUGCUUCCACUAUGAAUGCCAAUGUAUCUGCUAUGGUUGGGGAGACCCCCAUUAUGUCACCUUCGAUGGAACCUACUAUGGUUUUCAAGGCAACUGUUCCUACUGGCUGAUGAAGGAGAUAGUGCCCAAAUACAACUUCAGUGUUAUGAUCGAUAACUACUACUGUGGUUCUGCUGAUGGCUUGGCCUGUCCUCAGUCCAUCACUGUCUUCUACAAAAACUACACAAUCUUUAUAAUGCAGAAGGAGGUCAAUGGCAUUUACACAAAUCAGACCACUGUGAAUGGCAAGCAUGUGAGUCCUGCAUACCAAAAUGGUGACUUCCGUAUAACCUCCACCGGUAUAGAGACUGUGCUUGUCAUCCCUGAAAUCCAUGCCAAGAUCACCUUCUCAGGGCUCAUAUUCAGUAUCUACCUGCCCUAUAGUAAAUUUGCCGGCAACACCGAGGGACAGUGUGGCACAUGUGACAACAACCGGACAGAUGACUGCAUGUUGCCAAGUGGCAAAAUUGAUCCUUCAUGUCCUAAUAUGGCACUCGGGUGGCAUGCUAACGACAGUUACUGUGAACAUAUUAACCCCACACCUACGCCUACGACUACGCCUAAGCCUAGCACCUGCGAUACAACCAUCUGUGAGAUCAUUAAGAGCAGUGUGUUUGAAGCUUGCCACAAGGUUAUUGACUACACUCCAUUUGUUGUGGCCUGUGAGUUUGACAUUUGCCACAUGCACAUAAAUCACGUUGGCUGCACCAGCUUACAAACCUAUGCUGAUGCCUGUGCUGAGUCUGGACUGUGUAUUGACUGGAGAAGUGCCACCGACGGACUCUGUGAAUAUACAUGUCCAAGUCCCAAAGUCUAUCGGGGGUGUGGCCCUCAGGUGGAGCCUACCUGUGAUUCCUGGUACAACCAGAAAUUCAUCUAUACGGUCAAUGAGUUCAGUGCCAUGACAAAUGUGAAGCUGGAGGGUUGCUUCUGCCCAGAUGACCACUUCCUCCUCUCUUCCAGCUCUAAUGAAUGUGUGCCCACCUGUGAAAUUUGUCGGCUGUCAAAUGGAAGUUGGACACAGGACAAUUCAAAGUGGACAGAAAACUGUAAUGAGUGUAUAUGUGAGGAGGACACACUGCAGGUCAGCUGCCAUCCCGUGUCCUGUCCACCACAGCCCCCCCCCAGCUGUGACGAAGAGGGUCAGGUCAAGGUCACUGAAACGGUUGGCUGCUGUCAAAAGGAGAAGUGUGGUUGUGAUGGGUCGCAUUGCUCUGGUCUUGUGCCAUCCUGUCCUCUUGGUUUUAUCCUAAACCAAACUAAGGGAGUCUGCUGUUGGAAAUACUCCUGCGUGCCUAAAAAGGAUGUGUGUGUUUUCAACAACAAUGAAUACCAGGUUGGAGACCUGGUGCCCAUGAAGCCAUGUGAGAAAUGCAGUUGUAGUAACAAGGCCAAUGCCAGCAGCCCCCUGAACAUUAUAGACUGUGAGCCUAUACUCUGUGACACCAACUGCCCUGUGGGUUAUGAGUACCAGAUCAGUGCUAACCAGUGCUGUGGGACAUGUGUCCAAACAAGCUGCAUUGUCGUGCUGUUGAAUACAACAUACGCAUUAAAGCCUGGCUCCAUUUGGACUCCCGCUGGGAACCCCUGUGUGAAGUUUGAGUGUGUGAAGAUCGCUAAUCAGUUCAUCACCAUAGAAGCCAAGACAACCUGUCCCCUCUACGACCCUAAUGAAUGCAUACCGGGAACAGAGACCAUAGCUCCAGACGGAUGCUGCCAUGUCUGUAUUCCGAAGGGUGAGCCAUGUGGUGUGUCCACCACACCUGUGUACCUGGAGAGCCAGGGCUGCCAUGCCAAAGACCUGGUCAAUGUCACAUCCUGUAGUGGAGCAUGUGGCACCUUCACCUUUUAUUCUACCAAAACAAGAUCCUUGCAGCACACCUGCUCCUGCUGCCAGGAGCUGGCUACAUCUGAGCGCCAGGUCCAGCUCUCCUGCCCUGACAACACAAAGCUCACUUACACCUACACCCACAUCGACACCUGCGGGUGCCUCAAGACAGAGUGUUCUGGGCCUGGCCACAGGGAAUUGGCAACCACUCCCCCUAGCGUCAAGUCACGUCGACGCAGGAGAUAAGGCAAAAACCAGGACAAGCAUAUGCGUUUGCCACUUAUAUAAUUAGCAUUCAUUUAUAGGACUGUAAAUUAAGUUAUAUUUGAAUCA